CGCGGCGAGGCAGGAGGGAGGAGGGACGGUGGCGAAGGAUGGAAAGUGAGUCAGUAGGGACAGAGCUGGAGGAACCGAGUCGCGGCGAUGACAGCCAGGGGGCUCACGCCUUCGCUGCUGCUGCAGCUGCUGGUGGUCGCGGGCGCUGCGGGCGCCCGCUGGCGCGGGCAGGGAACCACACCGCACCUCCAGAGCAUUAUCCUGGGCCGGUGCGCGGAGUAUGACGCCCUGGUGAAUCCGGACCCGCGGGGCAGGAACUGCACAGCUAUCUGGGAAGCCUUCAAAGUGGUGCUGGUUAAGGAUCCCUGUUCCGUCCUUCCCUCAGACUACGACCGUUUUAUUGACCUCUCCAGACAUUCCAUUCCCAGAGACAAGUCCCUGUUCUGGGAAAACAACCACCUCCUGGUCACUAGCUACUCAGAGAAUGGACUUCGCUUUUUGCCUUUGUGCAGUGUUCUAUACGGGAGGAUUGGAGAUUUUCUGAGCUGGUGUCGACAGGAAAAUGCCUCGGGGCUCGAUUACCAGUCCUGCCCUACAUCAGAAGAUUGUGAGAACAACGCUGUGGAUUCUUUCUGGAAAAGGGCCUCUAUGCAGUAUGCAAGGGAGAGUUCUGGAGUGAUCUCUGUCAUGCUGAAUGGUUCAGAGCCAUCAGGAGCCUAUCCUGUUAAAGGGUUUUUUGCAGAUUUUGAAAUUCCCUACUUGCAGAAGGAUAAAAUCACACGAAUUGAGAUCUGGGUUAUGCAUGAAAUCGGAAAACCAAAAGUGGAAUCCUGUGGAGAAGGCACUGUGAAAAUCCUGGAAGAGAGACUGAAGAAAAUGGGUUUUCAGUACAGCUGUAUAAAUGAUCACUUACCAGUGAAGCUCUUAAAGUGUGUGGACCACAGCACCCAUCCUGAUUGUGUCUUGAAUUCGGCAGCUGCAUCUAGAGAAAUCCCACCUCUCUGGGCAGAACAUGGUGCCAGUCAUAUUGUUCCCUUCCUAGUGGCUCUGGCUUCAGCUGUUCACAUGUAACCAGAAACUCUGCUGUGUGGCUCUAACUCUACCCCAACCCUGAAGCCUGCCCUUUGCACAUUCAUUCUUCUUGUUCUGUGCAUAGCAGGUGAUUCCAUUGUCUGAUGAAGCUUCCUGCUGGGAAAACAAUGUCCUGAGAGGGCUUUUCAAUGAUACACAUGCUCAGGAUUUCAGAGACAGGAAAUUCUUCUAGUCCUAUUGAACAGGUUAAAAUUGCUGCAUUAGAAUUAAAGCAAGUUAUUAGCUUCUUACUUCAUAAUGGUGCAAAGCAUUGAGAUCCAGACUGAUGCUCUAUAAAAAAUAUUUUUAGGAAAUUCUAAUAGAACUAAAUCUGUGUAUUUUUCUAUAUUUUCUUUUAUCCUCAAUGGGGCACACUGCAUGCUUAUUGAUAGUUUAAGAUAUAUACUUAAGAUAGUAUAAGAUAUAUAUACAUAUAUAUUUGUCAUGCAAAGAUUUAUGUUUAAAGAUGUUCAUUUAGGAGUGCCUUGGUGGGUUGGUCAGUUAAGUGUCUGACUUUGGCUCAAAUCAUGAUCUCAGGGUCCUGCUCAAUGGGGAGUCUGCUUUUCCCUCUGCCCCUCUCCUCUUUCUGUCAAACAAAUAGAUUUAAUUUUUUAAAAAAGUUUUCAUUUAAUGGUUAAAUAUAAUGGUAGGGGAGAAACUCACAAUGUCCAAUAAUAGGGAACUGUCCUCAUAUUGCUUUGUAUAUCUGUAGGAUGGAAUAUCGUUCAGCUGGGAAAAGUCAAGUUUACUAACCCAAAUGUCCUUUGCCCAGUGAAUGGAUGAACUAACUGUGGUACAUCUAUACAAUACUCAGCAAAACUCUGUAUAUUUAGCAAAAGAAAGUAACCAGCUAUUGGUAUAUGCAGCAA